CCAAUUAGCGAACAUGAUGAUCCGGUGCGAAGGCCGCAACGCCGCGAACGCCGUAUGGCUUGUACCAACGUGUUCGGCUGUGUGCAGUGUUGACGUUUCUUUCAAACUUGCCGACUAGCUGAAGGCUUGAUAUUCAAUCACCACCUGUACUUGCACUGCACAUCCUCUCUUCUUUGCUAUCAAGUGCGAGGCCCGUAUUGAUAUCUACCAUGUCACUCAUCUUCACGAUUUUUGCGCUCGUCUUUCUGACUGAGCUCAUCUCAUGGAUUGGCCAAACUGCCCUCCUUGAAUUUGCAUGGGAUCUCUACAGCAGACUCUUCAUGAAUGCCUCAUAUACUCGACAGCGCCAGCUGAAAGCUGAGCUCCUUACGGCGAAGAAAGAGUUGAUGCAAACGAGCGCACAAGAUCAGUUUGCCAAGUGGGCAAAGCUGAAGAGAGGCGUUGACAAAGGGCUAGCAGAGCUUGAGAAGUUCAAUGGAGAGCUUGCGUCCAGGAAGACUGCAUUCUCACUGAAGUUCAAAACACUGAUGUGGGUCUUUACGACAGGACUAUCAUUCGUCAUUGGCUGGUGGUAUAGAAAGGCUGCAGUAUUCUACCUACCUCCUGGUUGGCUUGGCCCACUCGGCUGGUGGAUGGCUUUCCCUUUCGCACCUAAAGGUUCUGUGAGCGUCGGGGUGUGGCAAUUGGCUUGCCGCAGAGUCAUUAAAGUUGGAGAGCGCACGGUGAAAAAUAUCCUCGCGCCUUCGGAACCCGUCGCCGUCCCAGUUGAAAUGGGAACCAAUUCCAAGAGCUCGUGAUAAGGAGUAGUGGCGGAUCCCCGAAGGAGAUCCAGGACUGAUAUUCUUAUGGUGAUCUGUAUGCGUAUGCUUCACGGAUUCAACUGUCUGUACUCCGUGUUCAAUUUCAGUUUCACGUAAUUUCGUGGUU